UGGCAUUUAAAGUAAAUGGAAAUCUACGUAAAUCAGUGAAAGUGGGCCUCAGCUGUUGCGCGACGUCCAGCCGCUCGGCCGGCCUGGUCACGUGGUGGAAUUGACGCAUGCGCGUGGUGUCGGUGCUUAUGGAGAGAAGAUGCCCACUGCUAACAUCCCCGCAUAAGAGAACUGCUAACCGGUUUACCGCAGACGCCACAGACCCUCUUGUCUUUUAGCUGCAUGCUGUAGUCUGACACAAGACGCCUGAUGUCUGUGGCAAAUGCGAAACACACUGUCCUGAGUCCGGUGAUCCCAUACACAGGGCCCAUACCUGGAGGCCUGCACCCUGGGGAGAUCAUCAUCAUCCAGGGCACGGUGCCCCCAGACGCUGACAGGUUUCAGAUGGACCUGUCGAGCGGCUGCAGCACCAAGCCGCGCUCUGACGUCGCCCUGCACUUCAGCCCUCGCUUCAAAGGCUCGCCCUGUGUGGUGUGUAACUCCAUGCUGCAGGAGAGCUGGGGCAAAGAGGAAACGCUCCAUCAGCUGCCCUACAAACGCGGAGCUCCCUUCGAGACCAUCAUCCUGGUGCACGAUGACGUCUUCAAGGUGGCAGUAAACGGAGCUCACCUGCUGGAAUACAAGCACAAAAUUCCGCUAAACAGGGUUGACACGUUUUCUAUAUCUGGGAAAGUCAGGGUGCACGCUAUUGGCUACAUACCGAACUCAGCAAUAUAUUCAGAAUCAGGUGACUUGAGCCUCCCUUAUAAAGGAAGUAUACUCAAAGGACUGAGCCCCGGGCGGCAUAUCACAAUCAAAGGGCAGGUCAGCACGUAUCCUCACAGUUUUACUGUAAACCUCCGCAACAGCAGGACAGAGAACAUCGCUCUCCAUCUGAACCCCCGCAUGAAGUCAGGUGUGUUCAUCAGGAACUCGUACCUGAGUGAGUCCUGGGGUCAGGAGGAGCGAGAGCUGCCCUUCUUUCCCUUCUCCUCAGGGGAGUACUUCGAGAUUCUCAUUCUCUGUCAGCCCCAUCAGUUCAAACUGGCAGUGAAUGGCUCACACUUGUUUGAGUUCAGACAUCGGGUGCAGGACCUGAGCAGCAUUGACGAGCUGGAGAUCAUGGGGGACCUGGAGCUCACUGAUGUAAAACUGUGUGCUGCAAUGAUCCAUCAUGCUCCAAAAUGAAGAGAAACUAGUAAAAGAACUGGAAUAUUUAUUUUGCAAUGUCAGUGUUUUUUUUUUUUUUUUUUGGCUGUCCGUUGUAAUUGUUGUAAAAUAUGUAUGAAAAAUCUUCAUAAAUGUAUCAUAAAUGAUUUAAUAAAAAUGUGUUACUAUUACCAUUUUGCUGCCAGUUUAUCAUGUCUACAUGGUUUGCUUUAAGCCUCCUUUCAUAAUACAACUUUAACAUCGUUUCACACAGAUAAAGUGUUAGCAAAAGUGGCUCAUUUACACAUCCAGCAGACAUCAAACAAAAUUUGUAUUCAUUUGGAAGCAUGUUAGUGUCCACCUUUACCUAAAUGCAUCACAUUCUUCUUUGCUUAAUAACCAAUUGAUACUGGCAAAGCAGCAAAAAAAAUGUUUUUGACUGAAAUCGACAACCUGUGGUCUGGAAAAAUCAAAACAAAGUUAAAACACUGUGGAACUGUGGGGAACCUCAGCAAGUACAUGAAGUCUUUGAACUGCAGUACCUCUGCUCAGCCACAAGGUGGCAAAAGAGAGUUAAAUGUUGACUUCUUGCCCUUUACCGCCCAGACACCUUCAGCUGCAAGUUAAGUGAACUUUUUUUUUUUUUUAGCAAGUCCUUGUUGUAGUCUGUACUUUCCAAAGGUCAGCGUUUGAGGUCUUCCAUGGACUUCUGUCAGAUUUAAAGACCUAAAAUUAUUAACCUUGUUUGAAGGCCCUAAAUGUUUAGCAACACUGAUCAGACAGGCUUGUAACCUGUCUCAUUUACACCUAAUGACCAUGGGCAUCUGUCAGGAGAUAACCGAUGAAGGAACGUUAUCACCACAUGACUCUCACUUCAGCACAAA